AUGUUCAAGCGAGCUACCGUCCCCCUGACGACAAUCAAGAACGCCAGAAACGCCUCGAUUCUGCGAGCGCCCAAGCGACAAAAGCGACUCGCUUUCGGACAGACCAUCGCUCCCGUUUUCCACGAGUUUGAGUGCACCGUCCAGCUGUCCGACGGCUCCACCUACAAGCGACGAACCGUGGCCCCCGUGGAGCAGCUGAAGCCCAUUAAUGAUCAGCGAAACGUGCAUCUCUGGAACCCCAACAAGCCCGAGCUCAAGACCGACUCUGGAGAGGAGGGCAAGCAGAUGUCCAAGUUCAACGAGAAGUUUGGUUUCGGCGAGGUCGACGACGACUUUGCCGAUUUGCUGGGUCAGGACUUCGUCGAGACCAAGUCUGGAGUUCAGGUCCAGAAGAAGAAGUCCGACCUGAAGAAGAAGAAAUAG